AUGAUGAUGAUACCCCAUAGAAUAGUAUUGUUGCUACUCCUUUGUAGUUCGGUUGUCCUCUCUGAGAACGGUGGUUAUAAAAUACUUGGUAAAAUUGUUGAUCAAUGCUCGACGAAGGAAGAAAUGUUCAAGUGCUUCAAAAUACAAGCUCUCAAAAUGGCCGAUAGAGCCUUACGGCAGAGAUCCUUGAAGAUCCUCGACGGGGUUUCGCUCGUUGGAGAUGGCAGAUACGGCAGAACAUUGUACCAACGUGAGAAACUAAACGACACCAAACUGGAAAAACUCAAAGCUGAAGAAUUGGACGACCUUCUCACAGACAAAUCCAGACGUUUCCUGGAGUCCAGAACUCUUACAAUCGACUUUCCCAAAGCAGUUAGAGAGAGCGAAGAAGGCAGGGGCAAAAAGAAGCAACAAGGCGGCUAUGGAGCGUUGAUGUGGGCUUUGGCCAUAAAAUUCUCCUUCCUCACCAUGGCGUACAAAGGUAUAGCGGUUAUGGCCGGUAUGGCCCUUCUGGUGGGCAAGAUGGCUUUACUGCUGAGUGCCAUACUGGGCCUUAAGAAACUUGUAAGUAGCAAUCAUCACGAGAAAACCACGUUCGAGAUUAUAAAGAAGCCAAUCCAUUCCGAGCAGCAUACGCAUUCGACGUCAUACGAAGACGACAGUCACUACAGAAGAAUGUAUAAGGAUUACGACGAUUAUAAUCAGAGUAAAGUGUAUAAAGCGUUUAUACCAAGUAACUAA